AUGGCCGACCUCAGCGAGGCCGAGGCCCUCGCCACGCCCGAGUUCUGGAACGAGCGCUACACAAAGUCGGACGGCGCGAACCCGACGCACGAGUGGUUCCGCACCUUUGCGGCCCUCGAGCCGUACUUCCAGAGACGACUCUUUUCCCAGCGGACCCCCGAGUCGGCACCGCGAAUCGUCCAUCUCGGGUCCGGCGACAGCACCAUCCCCGCCGACCUCGCCGAGCGCGGCUACAAGAACCAGCUGUGCCUCGACUUCUCGAACGUCGUCGUCGACCUCAUGGCCGCGCGCCACGCCGCCGUCGGCGGCAUCGAGUGGCGCUGGGCCGACGUGCGCGACAUGCCUGACGCCGCGCCCACGGCCACGGUCGACGUCGCCUUCGACAAGGGCACCAUGGAUGCCAUGAUCCACGGCAGCCCUUGGUCGCCGCCCCCCGACGUCCGCGACAACACGGCCCGCUACCUCCGCGAGGUCCACCGCGCGCUGCGCCCCGACGGCGUCUUCCUCUACAUCACCUACCGCCAGCCGCACUUUAUGCGCCCGCUGCUCAACGCCGAGGGCCUGUGGGACCUCGAGAUGGACGUGCUGUCGGGCGGCGAGAGCGCCUUUGACUACUACGGCUUCGUCCUGAGGAAGAAGAAGGCUGAUUCGUGA